UAGUCCUGUGUGAGGGAAAUUAAAAAGCUUUCCACUUGAAUAUGGUAUCUUUGGACGUCUGUUUAACACUGGUAGUACAGUGAGAGCUUUAUUCAGACGCUAUGAGCGGAUACUGGUUUCACUAGACGAUGGACUUGACACUCGUGACAAAAUCAGCUGUGCGCGCCGUGGUACCCGCACAUCCAGCAGCACAUCCCGUUGAUAACUGGGAGUCGACGAGGGAGAGAGAACACCAAGGCGUUAUAAUCAUAACGCAACUGGAAAAGGAAAAAGAAGAAAAUCUUCCAGGGGAAAGGGGGAGUUUUGUAUUCCACAGAGGGGGGAAAAAUGGGACAUUUGGGGAAUUCAUCCAGUCUCCGGUCUCCAGUCAUCUCCACAUUAAAGUGGAGCGGAACUCUCGGGCGCGCUGCCGGACCUCUGCUGCGCCUCGGCGCGCUCCGCGAAGCAUCAACCCCACAAUGAUAGCAGCGCGGCUCUAACUAUGGGCGCGCACAUCCUGGAGUCCAACUCCAGCGCCAACCUGACGCCCGCGGUGUCCGAGGCUGGGAUCGUGCUGCCGGGCUACCUGGUGGUGAUCUUCUCGGUCCUCAUGGUGACUCUGGUGAUCGUGGUGGUGGCCGGGAACGCGCUGGUCAUCAUGGCUUUUAUCGUGGAUAAAACCCUGAGGAAUCAGAGCAACUACUUCUUUCUGAACCUCGCCAUCUCCGAUUUUCUCGUGGGUGCUUUCUGCAUCCCAGUGUACAUCCCCUACAACCUGACUGGCAGGUGGAUGCUGGGGAAGGGGCUCUGCAAAGUCUGGCUGGUCAUGGACUACCUGCUCUGCUCCGCCUCUGUCUUCAACAUUGUCCUCAUUAGUUAUGACCGCUUCCUGUCAGUCACCAGGGCAGUUAAAUACAGAGCGCAGAGGAACAUCACCCGCCAGGCGGUGCUGAAGAUGGUGGCGGUCUGGCUGCUGGCGUUCCUCCUAUACGGCCCCGCGAUCAUCUUCUGGGAGGCCAUCGUGGGCCAGAGCGUAGUCCCGGCCCACGAGUGCUACGCAGAGUUUUAUUUCACUUGGUACUUCCUGCUCAGCGCUUCGACCUUCGAGUUCUUCACACCGUUCGUGUCGGUGGCCUUCUUCAACCUCAGCAUCUACCUUAACAUCCACCGGAGGAACAAGAGCGGGAACGGCGGUGCCGAGGACGAGGCCAAGCCGCAGAGGAAGCCCAAGAAGCACAGAGACGGCGCGGGGGCCUGGUCCGUGUUUUUCGUCAAGACUCGGAAGGUGACCUCCAGCGAGCCUGCUGCUAUCUCGGCGGUCAUAGAGGACGAUGACAUUCUGUCGCCCUCCUCCAGCGGCUGCCCUGACACCAGUCAGAUUUUUGUGCAGAGGGAGAAGUUCUCUCCUCACCGGAAAAACUCCAGGCUGUUUCAGCACACGGCUUCCUGCAUGGCGCCGGGCCGGAGAGCUCCUGGAUCCCGCCUUUCCCGAGACAAAAAGAUCGCCAAGUCGCUGGCUAUCAUCGUCUGUAUUUUUGGGAUAUGCUGGGCUCCGUACACUCUGCUCAUGAUCAUCCGCGCCGCCUGUGGCGGCGAAUGUGUGGCACACUACUGGUAUGAGAUCACAUUCUGGCUCCUGUGGCUGAACUCGGCCAUCAAUCCGUUCCUGUACCCUUUGUGCCACAGCAGCUUCCGAAGAGCUUUCUCAAAGAUACUGUGCCCUAAGAGGCAGUCGGUGCAGCCUCAAAUCGAGGUUCAAUCUUGCUAGAUGAACUCAGCUGCACAGCCAUAUUUGAAGAAUGCAGUUAGUGUUUGAUGGUCAUACGCUGUAAAAACUCAUACAAUAUUCUUCCACGAAAAAAAGGUUUCAAACUGCAUUUAAAGGGAUAGUUUGGCUCUUACCCUUGAAUAGGCAGGUGUCGGAUCUACUGGCGGGUGACAUGGACUUAAAAUUUUAUCACGAUAUUUUGUGAUACUAUUGCGAUAAUGAUGCAAGGUAUUACAGGGCACUGCGUAGCUGUGACUGCAUGACACAUCAAUUUUAUUUCCACAAUGCAAACGCUGCUUUUGAAAAACCAUAUUUAAUGCUCUUCUUUAGGAUACCAGUCGCUAAACUUCACACAACUGCUUAAUUUUUUCACAUUUAUUGACACUCUCUCAUCAGACAAACAGUAUAGAAAAUAGUGAAAUUAACAAUCUGACAAUAGAGACAGCUUGGGUUUUUUUCUUAAGCAUCAUUAAUUGGAAUUUGUCACGACGACAAAUCAAAAUGCUUAUAAAUAAUUUAUCACGGUGAAAGACAAACGAUGCGCUAGAUGCACACCUCUUGUCAUAUUGUGAAGAAAUCCUAAAAGUAAUGAACAGCUAACAGCUAAUCUGACCCGCUUGUUAUUUCAGCCGUAGUUACCAAUUUAAAACAACUCAAACCAAAAAUAACAUUUCUACAGGAUACAGCAUGAGAUUAGUGGAUAUUGCAUGUGUAUAUUUUUUCAGGAGACCGUUGGUUGCUGUUUAAUUAGCUGAACAUCUUCUGUGUAAUUAUGCUAAAGCUACGUUAGCAUAAACUGCUGGUUGUUUCCCUUCUCACCAGCCGCGUAGGCUACUGUCCGUUUGCUUUUUUCUCUGUCGAGGGGAAAGUAACGUUUUGGAUUAUCUGUCUGGCUGUUUUGUGCAACUACUGUAUAUCACAACAGUUUCAAAUUUAUAUAAGUGUCCGGAGUAACAACAACAUUGCCUAUAGGUAGGAAAACAGCACCGAACCUAAGGUUGAUAUCGGCUAGUACUGUACUGUAUCCCACGGACAAGAGUUGAUUUUAGUUUGAGCUCUUUUAACUCAUCCAGAACCAACUGAGCCGUGUUGUUAUUUGUAACAGUUUCCUUUCCUGUGAUAGAAAAAUGUCAAAUUGCAACAACUUGGUCGAGAACCGGAUUCUUCAUCGCAAAGGAAGGUUAUUAGUUAGUAAAGCACGACUGCUUUAUUGCUAUUAUUUUUGUCUUUCCUUCCCGAACUGCCUCAAACUUUUUAUGAUAAAUCUUUGUUUAAUAGGGAAAGAAACUGCUGUGAACAACAACCUCGCUGCAUUUCAAGGCACCCAAGCUAUCCCUUUAAGCGAGAAUUGCCAGGACACAUUUGACAGCAAUACGACGAUGCAGAACAGUCUGGAACAUGUUGAUAACGCCGGAGUAGUGGAGUGGAGUCCCACUGAAUCUGCAUCAGUAGGUAUAAUUUCUCUUGAUGAGAGUGCCCUCCAGAGCCAGUGUCACAUCUUUUAUUUAAGUGCUGCAAAACGUUGGUUUCAAAAUGUAUGUAAACCUUCAGUGUAACCAGAUCGAGAUGGAUUAAUGUGGUUUGGGCUAAAAUGUGCUAAAAAGCUGUGAGGUGAUGAUUUAUGUAGCCAGGUAGUCGGUGAUUACCAUCAUUUAGUCCAGGUUAUUACAUUAGGCCUCCUGUACAGCACAUAAAAAUGAUAAAUUGGUGUCUGUCUGAAUAGAAGCAACCAGAAAGACGUAGACGUCGUCUUUUUUUUUUCUUUUAAGACGGAAAACCUGUCAUUUGUGUCAGGCUAAUAAGAAAUAAGGACAUAAGGGUUUUUUAAUGAUUUACAACUCUGGCUGCACACGCCGUCCUUUUUCCUUUACCUUCUCGAAUCCAUAGACGAGAAAUCUCUAGCAUAUGCCUUCAAAAAGCCAAUUCAAGCUUUUCAUCGUGCAGCAAUAGAAUUACUAAUGCUCAAGUCCUCAAACAUCAAAGCACAAGAGGAACCGACUGCUGGCCGUCUUUUCUAUCGCUCGUCUUGCGUUGCCUACACUACGUUUAUAUUUAAAUGAAGCUGUUGUUGAUGUCAACAAUGUCACAAUGAAAUGGAAAAACAAGAUUAAACCCUUUGUUCACUCAGACCUGUUCGAGACAAACCUUUGCCUCGUCGCAUAGAGUGAGACCUAAAUGUCAGAUACUGCUAAUAUCGUGGAGACUCGUGUCUGGGGACUGUGGGAUGUUUUGCUCUGAUAUAGAGCGUGUGGCUCUCUGGACCCAAUAGACGGUGACUCAUCUUGAAGUUUUGUCUGUUUUGCUGAAUAAUAAGGAAUCCUUUGUGUGUGAUCUGUUGGUUUUUCUCUAAAUCUGGUCAGAAGUUAACAGACAAUCAUCAUGGUUGUAAAUAUCAUCUUCGUUUUGAGGUUUUAGUGAUUGAUAUGAACAGUUUUUGCUUUAAGGUUGGAAUGAAGACACAACUUCAAACAUUUCUUGAGAACAAGUGGUAUUUAAUCCACACAGAUGAGUCUGUGUUUGUUUUGACUCCAGCCAGAUUGAGGGUCUAGGUAAUCUUUAUAAAAAUGCCAACAUGUUUCAUUUGAAGCAGUACCAAGGUUUUGAAGCAUCCUGCAGGCCAUUAGGGCACUCCUUCAUGUCAAUGUAUGGGCAGAGUCCCAACUCGAAUCAACUAGAGAAUCUGUAGACGACGCUACAGAUUAGGGUGAUGGCAAGGAGGUCUUUCAACCUCAGAGACUUGCAGCUCAUCACCAAAGAUAAAUGGUCAAAUUACCAACAGAAACAUCCGUAAAGCUGCCCGGCAGCUGUCAACUAAAAUUUUCACAUCACAUUUUUAAAUUACGCAAUAAAAUUGGAUUUUCUAAUAUCGUUUUGUGUUUUUAGAAAUGUCUGUCAUUCCCCAUAACAGACAUCUUGAAUGAAAAAAAAUAUAUAUAUUUUUUAUCGAGCAUGUCCAAGGGUAUUCACAUUCACUCUUGGUACUAUUUGAUCAAAUAUCCCUUAGCAUCCACAUGCCUUUUGGUUUCCAUCGACAAACUGUUUAUGGCUCUAGCUGGAUAUUUGAGUGCCGUUUCAAGCAGUAUUAAUAGAGUUUUUACAAGUUUUGCCAUGCCUGGCUUUUAUUUCCUUCAGAUUUCUAACAAAGCUGAGGUCAGGGCUUGAUGUUUCCUGUUUUAGCCAUUCCUAAACUCAUUUUGACGUAGGUUUGGGAUCAUUGUCCUACUAAAACAACCAGACUGAGUCAACGUUUCUACUGUCUCGUCUUGAUGUCAAACAGGAUUUAAAGAUAAAGAUGAAAUCUUUUUUGUCUUUCUCCUUAGUCCAGCCACUUUCUGUAACCACUGUGGGCAAAACAGUCCCACAGCAUGAGGCCGGCAUUGUGCAUGACGGUACCGUAUUCUUCAAUUUGAAAGAAUUGCAUUGAGUUUUGCAGAUAUUCACUUUCCCCCUCUCCCUGGAGGCCUAGUAGCUCAUCCUCAGUCUUUGUCUAGUCAUAAAACUUUUCUCUAGAAGCUCAGUUCUAUCAACCCUCUUUGGAGCAGGGGUUUAUUGUCUGGUCAGCAUAUUCUCUCACUCCAUGGCAACAUAAAGGUUGUUACACUUCUGCUGCCUUUCCUCUGUUUGCAGAUUAUGACAAACUUGAGCUUUUGUGGUGCUCCCCAUUUUCUGGAUAAUUUAUUUUAUUAUUUUAUUUUUUUACCAUUUAUUUUAUCUGACGGUGACAUUUUGUACAAUAUUUGUUAAAACCUGAUCACAUUUAGGUCUUCCAACAUACCGAUAAUCCCAAACAAACAAUCGGGUUUUACAACAGUUAAAGUGGGCUGACAUUUAGCUUUUGAAUGGGCCUUUUUAAUAUCACAUACUCUAUUGUAAAAACAACCAGUUGAAAUUGACUACUAAUCCAGAUUAUUUCCAUGCUAAAUUUUGCAAGAAACUUAAGAAAAUAUGCUAUUUAUUGAUUGUUCUUUGCUGUGGUAAUACCUAUUGGGAACAAAUGCUAUCCUGUUAGAAAGUCUUUUUUUUUUUUUUUUAUUUGGAUGGUGGCACGCUUCAAUGAAAAUGCAUUUGUGGGCUGAGUGAAAGAACAAUCCAAUCCUGUCUGCUUAUGCCAAACAGAUUAUUCUGUUACUAACACUAUUUUAGAAGACAGCGUUUGCUCCGUUGGUAAGACGAUGUCUGCCAAUAGUUCCUGAGUCUCAUCUCGAUGCGGUUUUGACUGCGAUUUCCUCCAGUGAUAACAAACCUUGUUUUUCACCCACACCGUCGCACCGCUGCCUCCACCAGCAGCUGUUUGGCUUCGGAAGAGAGGAUUUGGACACAAUCGACUCUGCUGCUCAACAUAAAAAGGCAUUCUCUUACAAAUCUGUAACACCAUUUCCGAUUUUCAAGCUCUAUUCCCAAAUCUGUGUUGUUUCAAUAGAGAAAUAAUCAACCAAAUUAAAAUUCCCUCACCCUUUGUGCUUAAGUUAAAUAAUUAAACCUGUAUUUAUACAGUUUUUCUCAGUUUAUGACAGCGUAGAGAUUUUAGUCUUCACCAUGUGCCAUGUCUGUUCCUGUUUAUAAAUAUCACCGAAGCUGUUUGGUGGGUAAUCAUUUCAUUCUGGAAAUGAAAAUGCUUUAUGCAUCCUUGAGAGAGCAAAAUUAAUGUGAAACAUUCAUAUUAUAGAGGAGUGAAUGGAGAAUUUUGACCCUGAAUGUCCAAUUCACUAAAGACCAUCUGGCUCAAAUUUGAUGCACCACCAUUUGUUCAAAAGGCUUCAUAUUUUAGAUAACUUGUAUUUAAAACGUACUGUCUGUCUUCGGCCUUUAUCGGACCUGCCGAUUGAGUUGCUUCUCUUCUCUGGACUUUUUAUUUAUUAUGCAACAAUGUCGGGGUUGAAAUUCUUCAUAUCCAUACCAACUCAGUCAAGCCGAAAUGUUAAAAGAACCAGUUUACAGGAAAGAUUUGAAGCCACAUGUUUUAUAUUUUUGUUCAAAAGCUGCGCUGGAUCUUUAAAGCUGAAUUUUAAUUUUAAUUUCGUUUAGGUAUGAUGCUCAAGUUCAGAAGUAAAUUUGGUUCUCUAACAAGAAGAUAAACAAGUCAAACGAGUUCCAGCGAAUAAAGUCGUCUCUCAUGCAAUAUGACGUCCAUUUUAUUUUCUCAUUCUGAUUUCCUAUUUUUGAAAUGCAUUUCUUUGACAGCCUGUCACUUUAAGAAAGAAAUUUCUACCCACAUUUGGCAGAGAUACACACAUCCACAUCUGACACACACACACCAAACCAGUCAAAACGUCAUGCUGCUGAUCUUCAUAGAGCUCAAUGUUUUCCAUGGCAUUUAAAAAAAGCAACACAUUUUUCGCUUUCACAUUUAUUUCCUAAAAAUAUUUGAGGGGCAAGCACAUCCCCACACGGCGACGUGACAGCGGCGACUCCCAACCACCCAGCAGGACAGCAGUGAAAAAUCACACAAAUUGGUGAGAAGUGGCUGAAGGAACAUUCGGCACCUAAACCCCACAGAUAGGAUCUCGAUGGGGUCAGAUGCCAGUCGUGUGAUGAAGGCCCAGUUCCCAAAACAACAAAAAAAAAAUCCCUGACCUAAAACCCCCAGAGACCAGAGGAAAUAACGUUCAUGUUGCAGUGCCAGACACUCCAGGACGCCCCGCAUGUUUUCUGUCCAUACCUUAACGAGUCUCGACUGUUUAUGGGAGAGCAACUAAAUAUUAUGUGCGUGGCCAGAAAGGCAUCCAAGUUUCUCCGUGUUUGUAGCACCAAAAAAAUACUGAUCUGAAUUUGGAUUUAGGAGUUGCAUCUGUAGAGAUAGGCUGGAAAAAAAACCAAACAUUUGCACUGAUACUGGCUAGAUUUGGAGCCCAGCGUGCGGUGAAGGAAGUAUUUUGAAAUGCUCUUGAAAUAUUGAGACAGAUUACAAAAUCGGAUAUAACGAUGUCAGGAGGGCACUUAAAACGCCAGGAAACUCAGCAUGGGUUGUCACGAAGCAUGAAUAUUCAUGCUGCCUUGGUUACUUUCUCUACAAAACAACAGAGAGAGCUCGGUUACUUGAAAAGGACAAACAAAAAGAGGGUGAAUAUAAUUUGUUCAUGUAGACGAAAAUAAAAAAAAAAAAAUAGAAAGAUUAGAUAAGACGUAGAUUUACUCGCCUUAUCUUACUCAAAGACAAAUCGGUGAAAGGCAAAUAUUUGUGUUGCAUCUUCACUGCUGCCGAAACAUGCCGAGAAAGAAAAAUGUAAAGACUUUACAGCA